AUGGCAGGUGCCGCUGCGACGGAAUAUCGCUGCUCACCCGUUCUGAAUGAUACCCGGCGUACCAGGCUGUCUCUUCGAAGCUGUGAGCAUACCCUGGCUUCCAAGUGUGGAUUUCAAAACACGCUCUUGGAAGCUCAAGGAACCUGCAAACCAAUGGAUUCAGAUAUGCCCCCCCCUGCAAUGUCCUUUUUCCCAGGUACAGAGGCGAGCGAGCUUGGCUGUAUAUCACGGUCCUGCAAGUUCGGUCGCGCUCUUUGGUGCCUCGCACGGGGCAUGAACACUGCGAUAGAACUUUUCACCGGCGUUGGCGGUGGCUCGACUCUACUGCUGGCACACGCCUUGUCCGGAGCUUUUCACCGGCGUCAAGGACACAAGCGACUGUCGUACUUCUUUACUAUGGAGAGACACCUGGGAAACGCUUAUCACGCCCAAAACAUCCUGGAGAGUGUCGGAAUUCCAGCUCAGAUCCUCUCCUUGGCUCGGCCAGAAGGGUUGAACGCUCGCAUGGCAGCUCUCGUGAAGGAGACUCCUGGCGUGUGGAUUCUGCACGGAGACGUCUUCGACAAUUUGGGUGUUUUCGAUGCGCUUUGCAGCAGUACUGGUAUCGGAAGUCUUGACCUGGUGAUGCUGGACCCUCCACUGGACUUACGAGGACUUUGGCCGCUUUUGGAUAGGGCGUGCAAGCCGAAGUUCUUGGCAGUGCACAACGCCAAUCUGCCUGGUCAUGCGGGGUGGCUGCCCGCACACUUGCGCCGAACAACAGGCAGCUGGUAUGAGAUGAUGAACGGAUCGCAUCCGUCGGUUUGGGAGCGCGGCGAGCGCUCCUGGUCUUUGAUGGGACGAUGCUGGUGA